AUGGUGAAGCUGGCUUGGCCUUUGGCGCUGCAAAGGGCUGCAGACCGGCAGCAGGAUGUCAAGAGCUCCGGUGCCCUCAUUGCGGCCUAUGGCGCCGGCAGCGACUGGCAGCGCGGCCUGCGCCAGUUUUGGCGCACUGCGCGGCGGCUCGAGCCGAACAUCCAGCUGUGCAACGCGGCAGUCAACGCCUGCCGCCGUGCCCGCGCUUGGCACAGCGCCUUCGCGCUGCUGCGGGCGGCACAUCUGCAACGCCUGCAGUGGGACGAGGUCUCUUUGGGAGCUGCCGCACCCACUGCUCGCUGGCGCAUUGGCCUCGAGCUUCUGAGCCCGCGCAACGUCGUGGUCACCGGGGCUGUGGCCGAUGCCAUGGCGAAGGCGGCGGAGUGGGCUUCAGCCUUGGCGCUGAAAGCUUCGCUGGCCGUCGGUUCAGGCUUGCAGACGCGGCAGGUGCUCAGCUGCGCCGCCGCGGCGCUGCAGCGGAGCAAGCGCUGGCAGGAAGCUCUGGCGCUCUUCGAUCAGGCGCCGGACGAGUCCAAGGACGCCCCGGCCUGCGGCACGCAGCUGGCGGCCUGUGCCGCCGCAGGGCGGUGGCUGCAGGCACAGUCGCUGCUGCGGAGUUUCCGCUCCCUGCGCCUGCGCUUGGACCUGGUCGCCUACGGCAGCGCGGUGUGCGCCUGCGCAGAGGCCGGCGGCGCAUCGGCGAAGGCUGGGUUUGGCCUGGCUGUGCAGAUGCGUCAGCGGGGCCUUGAGCCCGGCACGGUUUGCCGCAACACCUUGGCGCGAUGUGGGUCCUGGCCGGAGGCGCUUGGACUCACAGCGCGUGCGGACGCCGGCUGCAUCAACGUUGCAGCCCAAGCCAGUGCCAAGGACCAUCAGUGGCAGCUGGCCUGCAGCCUGUGCUUCUCUAUGGGCCAUCAAAGCAUCUCCAAAGACUCGGUGAGCGACACGGCCGCCAUCCUGGGCUUCGGCUACGGCCUCCGUUGGCAGAUGGCCUGCCUGCAGCUGCCAGACAAGAUGCCGUCCAGCCUCCACGCAGGCGCGCUGCUGGGGGCCCUUAGCGCCGCCAACGCCUGGCGCGCAGCUCUGGAGCUGCCGGUCGAGAGCCUCACCAGCGCCGCCAAGGUGUCCUGGCGAAAGGCGCUGGCCGCCCUGGCUUCUCUGCGGAGGAAUGGGCUUCAAGAGGGCGUGGCAGGGCGCGCAGCUCUGGGCGCCGCGCUGCUGAAAGCGCAGUGGCGCAGGGGACUCCUCCUGGCGGACUUCGCCGCUGCCGCGGAAGCGCUCCAUUACCGCCCCGCGCGGCUGCCGGCGCUGCUUGGGUCGGCAGAGGCGGAGGCCUUGGCCAAGAUGAGUCUUUGCGACGGGGAUGUGCGGUUUGUGACCCUGGAAGUCCAACCUGGCUGCCGAGGUCGUCAGGCCGCCAGCCCGAGCCGCGAUGGGAAAAAGGAAGUGACGAGCCGCGCGCAGCAGUCGCGAGUCGCGCGGGACGGCGGGACGACGGGAAGGGGAGGGCGCUCCAUCGGGCACUUGCGCCGGGCGGUGGGACCCUACGAGGACUCCUUGAGGCGUUUGAAGGAGCGAGUUGCCGCAGUGGGCAAGAGCCCAUCCCUGUGGACCGGGCCAGUGGGUGAGGACUCCUUCACGGAGGACUUCUUGAGGUUCUUGGCCCAGGCGGACAGGUAUGGCGCAGUGGGGGAGGACGGCUUCGCUCGCCCCGUGCGUCAGAUCCGCGCGCGGAUCUGUUUGGUGCGGGACUUUCCCUUCACCUUGGUGGAAAAGAACUCAGGGGAGGCUGCCCGUGGCGCGCAGAGCUUUCUGCAGCGCUUUGCGGCCACGGUCAACUCGGGCACCGUCCAGCGGCUGGCGUUGUGCUUCAACGACACCCGCGACGACGUAAGAAUCGUGAACAAGUUGCUUCAGUCGGUGAAUUUCCAGCUGGUGACGCAGGUGGUCUUUGACACGGUGCCCAGGACCUUCGCGCAGAAGGCCUUGGAUGGCAUCCUGCGGGCCCAGGGCCUGGCCAAAGACGUGGCGAACACCGCGGUGCUGGGCGCCGAGUGUGGGGGCGACCUCCGCCAGGCCAUCAAUGCUUUGCAGCUCCUGGCCGCGGGACGAGGGACCCGAGUGCUCACCGCAAGCGCGAGCGCAAGCUCCAACGGCAGCCGGCGAGGCGCCGCAGGUCGGGGCAAGGUGUUAGAAGCCAAGGUGUCACAGUCGGACGCUCCCCGGGACCUCCACCGGACAGCCUCUUUGGGCCUCUUCCACGCCCUGGGCCGGGUGUUGUACUGCAAACGCCUGCGCCCAGGCAGUGAGAGCAUCGACCCCGGUCCGUCCAAGAAAAAGAAGAAGACGGAAGGCACGCCGGAGCAGCUGCCCCAUGAGCUGCUGGUUCCAAAGGCGCGGCGGCCUGGUCUCUACUACGUGCCGGAGGAGGUGGUGGCGCAGUCCAACACGGACCCGCAGAUCUUCCUGCACUGGGUCUUCACCAACGCGCCCCGGUUCUAUGGCGACGUGGAGGACCUCGCCACGUUUGCAACAUCCUUCGCUGAAGCGGACGCCUGGGCGCACCGAGGCGCUCGGGGUUCCCAUGAGGUGGAGGGCAUGGCCACCGAGGAACUGGCUGCCUCGGUGCAGGUCCGCGCGCUGCUGGACGCGAAUUUGCAUCCCAUCCCGCCGAUCCGCGACCCUUGGAGCAACUCCAAUGGCAAUGAGUCGGCCGCAGCGGCAGCCUUCAACAUGGUCCGGCCGCUGCUGUGGGAUGUCCAGCGCCACAGAACGCGGCGCACGGAGGAGCUGGCGGGGCACCUUUGCCGCCUGCCGCAUGCGCUGGGCUCGCCCUCGCUCAGUCAGUCGCUGCUCACGACCACGCUGCCCUUUGUGCACCUGAUUCUUUGUGCAAGCAGGGGUCAGCAUCCACACCUUCAACGGCUGCCGCACCCCUUGAUGCAACUCCUCAUGGACUUGAGUGCGCCCAUUGACGGUGCGGUUCUUCGCUCGGGUGCGGCUGAGUCCCUGAGCAAGGCGAAGGCGAAGAGUGCUGAGGCGGUUGAAACUCCAAGCCUGCAGAACACGGCUCUCGUGGAUGACCCCAUCGAGGACUGAGACGGAAUGCUGGCAGUGUCUUGUCCCGCGCAUGGUACUUUGCAGUUUCCGUUUCAGUUUUCCC